UGCGCUGUGUGCGUAGAAGAAGGCAAAGCAGUGGUCCAUCGCUGGCUUCUCUGUUCAGACCACAGGGCCCGAAAGCUUGUUAUAAUGUCCGUGAAACUACCAAGACCCUCCGUUGCAGUCAUCGUUUUCGCAGUGUCCGCUAGCAUGGUGCAGAUGACAAGUACUAAAAUCUUCAAUUUAGGCAAAGGAGGUGACAAGGAGGAUGUGAAGAAGGACAGCAUAUGGCCCCUCAAGUUUCCACUCAAAACUAUUUCGCUGAUCAAAGACCUGCGCUGCUACAGGGGUGUGGGUUGUUUCCGCAAGAACGAUAAGUACCGGCUGACACAUCCGCUCUCGCUUCCCAAGCGACCCAGGUACGUGAGGACAAAGUUCUACAUCUACUCUCGUAACAGCACAAGCGGCCGGAGAUUGCGAACGAGAUUUCUGCGGCGAGACGGGAAGCUCUUUUUCCGGGAACUUAAGGAUCUCAUCAUCCUCGCACAUGGUUACACGCAAAGUGUCAACAGUAGCUGGCUGCACGAUCUCAAGGAGGUUCUGCUGCAGGAGAAAGACUGCAAUGUGGUGAUCGUAGACUGGGGUCGCGGCUGCCGGUCGCCCAUGUACCUGACGGCUGUGGGCAACACGGCCCUGGUCGGCCGCCAGAUAUCCCUGCUUGUGCAGAAGCUGUCCAAGACUUUUGGGAGAAACGUGACGGCUUCCCGGGUGCAUCUUGUCGGCUUCAGCCUGGGCGCCCAAGUGUGCGGCUUCGCAGGCCGUCACUACAAGAAACAGACAGGGACAAAGCUAGCCAGAAUUUCGGCCUUGGAUGCAGCGCGGCCGCUCUUCGAGCAGUCCCAGGUGCAUGUGACGCGCACGGAUGCUGUCUUUGUGGACGCCAUCCACACGAGCUCAGGCUGGACGGUGCUGCAGAAGGCGCUAGGAAUGGGCAAGCCCGUCGGACACGUGGACUUCUACCCAAACGGCGGAAGAAACCAACCCGGAUGUGGAGGCCUUCUCGAGAUCGAUUGCGACCAUGGUCGAGCCCCGCUCUAUUACAUCGAGUCGAUCAAGUAUCGCCAGCAGUGCCGCUUCGUGACGUACAUGUGUCAGGGUGGAAUGGAGGCUUUCCGCAACGGCAUUUGCGUUUCUGGCAAACCCAGUGGCGAAAUGGGUUACUACAGCAUCCAGGCGCCCGGAAGGGGUCUCCAGUUCCUCAAGACCAACGCGCACUCACCAUUUUGCCUGCCACUGAAUAUGUGAUAGACUGCGGAAAGAGAACACAGGGAAAAAAAUAAAUAGAGCAGCCGCUCCGCAGGGCAAGCGGCGCUGUUCAAUGGAA